ACAGAGGAGCAGACAGCAGCAGCAUAUAACCGUAAACGGCAGUAGAGCCGCCUCCGGAAUAGUCCUUUGGCAUCACUGGUUCCAAGUGGGUAAAAAACAACGAGCAUGAGUACUGAGUAAGAAAAAAUAAAAAUAAUAAUAGUCCGAGAACAAGUAAAGGGUCUAGGUGUUAUCUGGGCAACGUGUAGCUCGGGUUGUUGAGUAAAUACAAUAACACAAUAUAUAUAUAUAGAUAUACAGAUAUACAUAACGAUAAUGAGAUAAAUAAACUAGUAUUUAUUUAUAAAUGUUACGUUACAAGUGUAAAUCACGAUGGUGUACAAACUAUUUGUGUUUUAUUGACGAGUUUGUUUUCAAUAAAACCUGAACGCUGAGUGUAUUAAUGGCUGCUGAGGUUCCGCGGAUUUUAAAUUUAAAAAAUGUUUGUGAGGCAUAUAAACUUUUGUUGAUAUGGAAAUUUGUUGGAUUUAUAGGAUUGUGAUAAAACUGACUGGUGAAUAGUGUUGAGAUUUGUGUGGAAGAGGCAGGCCGUGUCUUUUUAUAUGAUGUCGGUCGGUUCUUUUCAAGUGUCCUACGCUGUAUUUAUAGUAUUUUUUAUACUAUUGAACGUUUGUUAUACAAUAGCUCGCCAGGAUGCCUACACAAUAAAUGAUAAUCAAGAUAACAGUUACGAUAACUUCAAAUGCCCGAUAAAAUGCGCCUGUCUUGGUAAUGUUGUUGAUUGCAGUGAUUUGCAAUUGGAUUCAGCGCCCAGUGGACUGCCACCAUGGACCGAAAUAUUAGAUUUAAGUUCAAAUAAAUUAGAGGAUAAUUUAACGUUUUCAAUGUCACAUCUCCCUCAAUUGACUAGUCUGAAACUAAAUAAAAAUUUAUUUAGCCAUAUACCGGAGCUCUCAUUGUUGGGUAAUUUAACUCACGUUUCAAUUUCACACAAUUUUAUUGGUGAUAUUGAUGGAAGUGCUCUACGAAAAUUACCCAAUCUCCAGACUCUGGAGUUGCCGAGUAAUAAAAUAAAAGUAUUAAGUCGAGGCUCUUUUUUAGCACCCAAUCAACUAACCCGGUUAAAUUUAAAUAUGAAUGAGAUCAGUGAUAUGGAGCCUGGAUGCUUAGAUAAUUUGACGCAGCUCGAAGAAUUAAGACUAAAUAAAAAUAAUUUGACGCAUCUUGUUAAAGAUGUGUUUGUUAAUUUAACAAAAUUAAAACUUCUCGAGAUAAAUAGAAAUGAGUUGCAACAAAUUCAAGGUUUGAGUUUAAAAAAUUUAACGAGUCUUGAAGAGUUGAGAUUGAAGAGAAAUAGAAUAGAUACACUUGAAGAUGGUGCUUUCUGGCCACUGCGAAAUUUACAAUUAUUGCAACUUGAUUUUAAUAUGCUGACAGUUGUUAAAAAAGGAGGACUCUUUGGAUUGGAUAAUCUCCGUAAACUGACACUAUCGCAUAACCAUAUAUUUAAAAUAGAAUCACAGGCAUGGGAAUUGUGCAAGGAAAUUCGCGAACUCGACUUAUCAAACAACAAACUGACAUCAAUCGAGCGAGGAACGUUUGAGUAUCUUUUAAAAUUGGAAAAACUUAAACUUGAUCACAACAGAAUUUCAUUUAUAUCAGACGUUGCUUUCACCAGCAUACCAAAUUUGAAAAUUCUGGAAAUAAAUUUCAACAAAAUAUCCUACAUGAUUGAGGACAUAACAACUGGAGCUUUUGUAGUUCUUGGUCAGUUAAAAAAGUUGGGCCUGGCAUCAAACCAAAUAAAAUCCGUGAAUAGAAACGCGUUUGGAGGACUAGAAGGUCUUGAAGAAUUGGAUCUUCAAGGAAAUAAUAUAACUAGUAUUCAAGAGAAUGCCUUUAGUCCGAUGCCGAACUUGUCUAAACUCAAAAUGAACACAGGUGCCUUGGUUUGUGACUGUGGGCUCCAAUGGCUGAGCGUUUGGCUGCGCGAGCAUCGAUACAACGAAGCCAAAGCACGCUGCGGAUAUCCCCAUUGGCUAAAAUCCAUGCAUCUCACACAGUUACAUCAUGCUAAUUUUACGUGCGAUGAGUUCCCGAAACCACGUAUCAUUGAGGAGCCGAGCAGCCAGAUGAGCAUAAAAGGUGAAAAUGUCACGCUGACUUGUCAAGCGACCAGCACUGCUGACACUCCCCUACAAUUUACUUGGAAACACGAGAACACAGAGCUGCGGGAUGCUGACAUUGAAACGAUUCCAAUAGUCUCCGAGAAUGGUGUUACUGAGGCAUUGUCCUCUUUACACCUUGUCAAUGUCAGCCAUGAAGACGCCGGAAAGUACCAAUGUAUGGUCACCAAUACUUUUGGGACUUCGUAUUCUACUAAAGCUAAAAUCAGCGUUCUCGUGUACCCGUCGUUUUCAAAAAUUCCUCAAGACAUCAGCGUAAUGGCUGGAAGAACAGCUCGCCUGGAAUGUUCCGCAGAAGGGCAUCCUUCACCACAAAUAGCCUGGCAAAAAGACGGUGGGAAUGAUUUUCCAGCCGCUCGAGAAAGACGAAUGCACAUGAUGCCAACAGAUCCAGUACUUUUUAUAAUCGAUGAUGUUAAAAGCGCUGAUACCGGAGUGUAUUCCUGUACAGCACAAAAUCUUGCCGGAGUUAUUGUUGCCAACGCAUCAAUAACAAUAUUCGAAGAGCCGUCAUUCGUUAAGCCAAUGGAGAACCGAUUAAUCUCCGUGGGCUCGUCAAUUGUCCUUGAGUGCAUGGCCAGCGGAUCUCCCCGUCCAAAACUGCUGUGGCGUAAAGACGGGGCCCCACUUCUGGCAACCGAGAGGCAUUUUUUUACAGCCGACGAUCAGCUAUUGAUUAUCGUCAAUACAGUAUUAAGUGAUGCUGGUAAUUAUGAAUGCGAAAUAAAUAAUACAUUGGGCAAAGCAGUGGGAGUUUCUCGUCUGACAAUCAGUCCCGCGUCAUCGCCAGUAAAUGUACAAACAAAUGUAAUGAGUAUUGUAAUUGUCGCGGUUGUAAGUUGUAUCGUCGGUACUUCGAUAGUAUGGGUUAUCAUAAUGUACCAAUCGCGACGGCGUUCCAAGGCAACAAAAAAUGUUAAUGGACAAGUGCCCAUAAGUGGAGAACCGCCAACUACGGACGGGCAAACUACACAAUUGUACCUGGAUUCUAGUUCUCAGCAUAGCAAAGAUAGCGGUACUGGUGACAGCACUAAUCCUGAGGAAAUAGUAACCUGCGGUAUUCAUAAUGACGAGGAUACUGCUGCUGUAAGUGGCGAGGAUCCGUUACUCCAGUACACAAAUCACCAGCGGAAUAUCCAGAUAGACAGUAAUGAUAUACCAUAAAAGGCAAUAACACACCUUUUACGGAAACCCACGUGAGAAUAUAUAUCUAUAUAUAUAUAUAUUAAAGAGAACAAAAAAAUAUAGUAUUAUAUGUAAAUUCGUUUGGUGAGGCUUAGAAACAGAAAAAAAAGUAAGGUACUUCCUCUAACGACGAAUUGGCUAAUUUGAUCAGUGACCGCGCGUCCAACGAUCGCUCAGUAUUAGGAUAAAGAUAAAAAUAUGAAUAAUAAUAUUAUUAUUAUUGAUAACAAACAAAUAGUUUGGUAAGAUGUCCGAAAGUUAUUGAUGCCUUAAAAAUAGUGUACAUACGUCAAAAAGUAAAUCGAGCCAUCUAUUGAUGUUACGAUAUUUGAAGGCUUUAUUAUUGCAUAUAUUAUAUAUAUAUAUGUGUGUAUAUAUAUAUACGAGAACUAGAAAUUAGUAACAUCAGCCUUUUUGUGAUAGUUAUUUAUUUUAUAUUUAAGCCGGCUUCAAGGUUAUUUAUAGUAUAGUAUUUCGAGAAUGUACCUCGACCUCCCUUAGUACUGACAUUGCUAAAUUUUUUUUUAUUUUUAUUUUUUUAUUUAUAAAAGCCAAAGUGCUCAUUACAUUGUAAAAAUAUUGCGGAGUGAACGUGGAUUAAAUGCAGAGUAGAUGACUGUUUAUUUGAUCCCCUUGGAGUAAAAUUCACUCCGAAGGAGAGUAUACUUUGAUAUUUAAACUCUGAAUCGGAGUAAAUGCGGAUUUGAAUAAAAUCUAGAUCACUCCGAAAUCACUUCGCUGAAAAGGCAAAUUCUCAAUUUACUCCGUAUCCGAUUUUUUAAAAUUACGGAACUUCGAGUCACAGAGUGAAGCCGGAUUUUUAAGAAAUCCGAAUUUACUCCCGAGUUUUUAUAAAGUAAACAGUAAAAAAUUCACGAAGUGAACACAGGUUAUAUUCGGAGUAAAUGCGUAGCAGAUGACUAUUUAUUUAAUCCCCUUGGAGUAAAAUUCACUCCGAAGGAGAGUUUAUUUUGAUAUUUAAACUCUGAAUCGGAGUAAAUGCGGAUUGAAUUAAAGUCCAGAUCACUCCGAAAUCACUUCACUGAAAAAACAAAUUCGUUAUUUACUCCGUAUCCGGAGUGAUUUUUUUAAAACUACGAAACUUCGAGUGACGGAGUGAACUCGGAUUUAAGUAAAAUCCGAAUUUACUCCGGAUUUUUUAUUGAGUAAACUGUAAAAAAUUCACGAAGUGAACACAGGUUAAAUUCGGAGUGAAUGCAUAGCGGAUGACUUUAUUUAAUCCCUUGGAGUAAAAUUCACUCCGAAGGGGAAUUUAUUUUAAUAUUUAAACUCUGAAUCAGAGUGAAUGCGGAUUGAAUUAAAAUCCAGAUCACUCUGAAAUCACUUCGCUGAAAAGACAAACUAUUUACUCCAUUUGCGGAGUUAUUUUUUUUAAAACUCCGGAACUUUGAGUUACAGAGUGAAGCCGGAUUUAAAUAAAAUCCAGAUCACUCCGGAACUUCAAGAAAUAGAAUUCGAAUUAAAAUAAAGUUCUAAUUCACUCCCGAUUUUUUAAAGUGUAAUAUUUUUUUGAUGGUCUUCCCUGCAAAAUUUUUUUCUUUGCGGUUUUUUCUCUUCUUACCGUUAUAAUUUAUCUAUAGAACAUAUUAUUA